AUGGUGAGAAUGAGGUUCCCGAAACGUUAUCUCAUAGUAUUGCUGACAUUCAUCUGCACAAAUGUUUGCUACAUUGAGCGCGUGGGUUUCUCAAUUGCUUACACUGUCGCAGCUGAUGCCAUCGGUGUGAAUCAAGCCAACAAGGGCAUGAUACUGUCUAUGUUCUAUUAUGGUUAUAUUUUAUCACAGAUUCCUGGUGGAUGGGCAGCACAGAGAAUAGGAGGCAGACGUGUUCUGCUACUGUCAUUCAUGUUGUGGUCUAUGAUAUGUGGUUUAAUUCCACUCGAUCCCAACAGAGUAACCAUUCUGGUCCUAUCUCGCCUAUUUGUUGGUGUAGCACAAGGUUUCAUAUUUCCUGCCAUUCACACUGUUCUGGCGCAGUGGGUGCCACCACAGGAGCGCUCUCGCUCGGUAUCUCUCACUACCUCAGGGAUGUAUCUUGGUGCAGCCUGUGGCAUGCUUUUCUUCCCAAGUCUAGUGAAGCACACGGGACCCCAGUCAGUUUUCUUUGUUGAAGCAGUGUUGGGAGUAGCAUGGUCUGUAAUAUGGUUGAAAUUUUCCAGUGACCCACCUCGUGCUGAUCUUCCAAAGGUAUCAAUGCCAAAAGUGGCAUCUCGAGACAUGAUUAAGGCACAGGCAGGAGGGGUUGUCGCACCUCGAACAGUAAAGAUCCCAUGGCGAAGGAUAAUAUUCAGUCUACCUGUCUGGGCAAUCGUUGUAAACAACUUCACCUUCCACUAUGCCCUGUAUGUUCUUAUGAACUGGCUCCCUACCUAUUUUGAGCUUGGACUUAAGCUUAGCCUCCAGGAUAUGGGUUCCUCAAAGAUGCUUCCCUAUUUCAAUAUGUUCAUUUUCUCCAAUAUUGGUGGUGUGAUUGCUGAUCACUUGAUUACAAGGAGGAUUUUGUCUGUUACCAAGACAAGGAAGCUUCUGAACACCAUAGGGUUCAUUGUCUCAGCAUUUGCACUCAUGGUCCUUCCUUUAUUUAGCACACCCUCGGGCACUGUAAUGUGUUCAGCGAUAUCCCUUGGUUUUCUUGCUCUAGGAAGAGCAGGGUUUGCUGUAAACCAUAUGGAUGUUGCUCCGAAGUUUGCAGGGAUAGUAAUGGGGGUCUCAAAUACGGCAGGGACACUGGCUGGAAUUGUUGGUGUCGGCCUCACUGGGAAUAUUCUGGAGGUGGCAAAGGCUUCUAACAAGGAUCUAACAGACUCGGAAACCUGGAAAACAGUCUUCUUUGUUCCAGCAUACCUUUGUAUUUUCAGUUCUGUCAUUUUUUUAAUCUUUUCAACUGGCGAAAAGAUCUUCGAAUAA